CACGCAACACGGCCCUGAGUCGGAGUCGGGUAUCCCGCAUCGAAGGCAGUGCUCGUCUCACGAUGGAACGUUGUCGCAGUUUUUACGGGAUUUUCGCCGUCUUCGACAACGACGAAGAGAUACCCCACCCGUGGACCGAGUGAAUCUUCAGGGUGCAAAGGUGUCCGACUGUGGUGGACAUCGACGUCAGAGCCAGAGUAUCUUCUUGUGACAGUGGGCGGUGUCAGGUUAGGUUUUCGACGAAGAAGCUGAGAAGAAGCAGAAAAGAAUGGCAAGUCUAAGUGGUUGCGUCUCGACAAUGGUGGACGACGAGGAACAGGAAGAGCUUCGCUGCACAGGAAGCGACGUCGAGAUCGAGGAAUACACGGACACCGAGGAGUCGCCAUAUGUUGCUUAUCAGGCCACUGAUAAGCUGUUUGAUACGGACCGAGCUGGAUGGCAAAAAUUCAGCUUCAUCGUCACCCUCUUCGCUGUCGUCAUGUCCAUCACCUUUCUGAUUAUCACCUAUCCCCUUUAUCUGGAGAGCGUCAGCACUGUUUCCAGCGCCUACACAGGGUUGCUUUUUACCGCCCUGAGUUCCACCUGCAUUCUCGGCAUAGUGUGGUUUGUUGUUGGAAGAAUUUCACCACCACCACCAUUGAUUCCCAACAGCAUGAGGAUCAAGAUACCACGCUGUGCUCUACUCAAAAUAAGCUUCGUCUACGCCCUUUCCGGGAUUUUGAUCACACUCUGCUUAGACCAAAGCAGGGUGGUCUGUCAUCUCCAGGAUCCAAUCAAGGGAAUCACUCUGGUCUUUUCCCUCGUCUAUUACUUCUUCUUCUGCCGAAAAAUGAUGAGCUUGCAACGGAUCUUCUCGAGCACCACAAUAAUUGUCGGCCUGUUCAUAAGCGUCGACUACGGACUCUGCGAUGAAUUUCGAUGCCGUGGCAGGGAGGUUUCCGCCCACACAGCCGGCGUGAGAGGAUCUUGGGGCGUCAGGGCUAUUUGGACUUUCGUCUACGUGGGUUCACUGGCUGCCUUCGCCAUGUUUUUCACUUUGCUGGAAGGCCACUACACUACCGAACAACAGAACAUGUGCCAGAUAGUUGCCAGUCAGCAGAACUCAUUCCUUUAUACAGUGUCUCGUCUGGUGUCAUCCAGGGAUAUCAGACGUCGUGGAUCCGAAGAGGAGGGUGGCAGAUUGUUACAUGUGACAGACCCUGACCCCACUGUCAAGCCAAAACACAUUCCAAAGCCUCCCAUUUUGGAGACCCUUUUCUACAUCCAUUCUAUCGCAUUCUUCGUCAUCUUGUCUUUGUGCUGGUUGGACACGCUGCCCGGGAUAGGCAGGGGUCUAUCACCGGUGGAUCUCUAUCGCACCUUGGCCCACGGUCUCACCUGCCACUUCAAGAACUCAGAGUCCUGUUCCAGCAUCGCAGCUCAUGGUUGGACCUUCCUGAUCGCUUACACUGUCUUCAGCAUCUCCGCUCUCAACUUCCUAUCGAUGAACGAGAGCGCAGUCUUCACAGUUGCCACGGCUACAGUGUCUCUUCCAUUGUCUGGCAUCUGGUGGAGCAUUUAUAAAAUGGAGAUUGGUACUCACGGUGGAUUCAUUGUAUGGUCACCUGGAGUUACCGGAGAACUCAUCUGUGCGCUUUUGGGUCUGCCAGUGGUUCUGUUAGGUCUCGGACUUCUGGUCAGGUCGCACUUCAGGGACACUCAACCUUGCUACCUGACGAUGCAGCCACCGGACGUCCAGUACGAGCCAUCCCAAAGAUGAAUGUCUUCGACGCAACCGUCUUCUUGAGGUCCCAGGAUCAUCGGCGUGGGAAAUCAUCCGAUCCAGAGCGAUCGGACGCGGCUGGGUUAAUUCAGGAGCUUCGAGUCCUUCAAAUUUUUUGUGUCGUUUUGGUGUCGAUAUUCAUAAAAGUCUAAAAGCUGCUAAUAAAGACAGAAUGACCGAAGCUCCCGGAUUAAACCGGUGGAAAUCGUUGUGGGGACGCGUUUCAGAGGCGAUCGGAAUCGACCGGGAGCUGACCUAAUUAAUUCUGAACGCGGCCACUACUGGCGCAGACACGUACGAAAAAACGCGAGAGGUACAGCCUCUGCUCGAUUGAAUCGAUUGCGCUAGUUUUCCGGUUGAGUCUCUCCCGCUCGACGAAGUUUCGUCUCUGAACCAACAAAAAAAACUUUCCUGUAAAGUUGUGAUAGGGGUUAGGUCGGCGUACGUGUGUGGCAUUAAUGGUGGGGGGACGAUAAUAUUGAUUAUCUUCUUGCGCACAGACACGCACACGUACAUAGCCGAGCCGAAAUGGGGUGGAGAAGGAUGGAGGAACGCGAUCGAUGUUUCCUAUGUAUUUGCCGACGCGCAAACAUCAUCCGUCUAGCCGGAUCGUUAUUGCCAAUUUAUAUUUUAUUUUGAUAACGAGAUAUAUUUCAUAUUUUCGAGACCGUUCGGGAUUAUCACAGUUGUUGUACACUUAAACAGAAUAGGGAAUUCGUGAAUGCGAGUGCGUGUGAGGGAGAGAAACAAUAAUUACAGAAAUGCAGAGAAUAUUUUGUACCCGCUGCCAGGAUACUGCAGAGACCUAUCUCUGGACUUGUUUCAAGUCAGAUUUAACGCGACACGUUCGCAUGAUGCAAAGCCAUAACAGUCCUCGCUCAUAGAGUCUGUAGUUUUCUUCUUCGAAGAAGGCGUGUGUACUCUUUUCCAAGAUUUCUUUUAGCGCUUAUUGAUACCGGUUGUACUGCUAGGAAGCAUUUAUUAUCUAUAGCGUAACUUCAUGCAUUUUCAUAGCUUGUAUAAGUUAGAAAUGUUUCUGAGACGCCUACGCCACUGUUGGCAGCACUAUCCAGUUGUUCUUUUUUUUGCGCUGCAUUGUAAUAUCAGCUGUUUAAGCGGUGUAGGUCCUCAUGCUUACUCUUUUUUAAUUUUUUUUUCUUCAUCUCCGAAUGACUGGAUCAUCAUCAUCAUCACUCCAUCAUCGACGCUGGAUUAUUGAAUGUGCUUUUCUGCUUUAAUUGUUGCUUUAUGUCAGGGGCCCCUGCUGCUUUUAAUUUUCUCAAUAUUUUUGUUGGAAUGUGGGGCCAUCUUGGCAUACUUGCCUCAGAGACAAUCUUCCCUUUUGAUGUAUUAAUAUUUACUUGAUAGCUUCUAGAUACCAAUCAGUAUCUAAGCCACACACGUCUUAGUCACUUUGUUAUGACUAUCGGUUAGUCACUUUGUUUAGUAUAUCAGAGAGCUGUUAAGACUUUCCUCAUUCCUAGCUCCGCGAUUAUGGAUCCAAUGUAGAUAAUUUCUCAUGAUACAUUUUUGUAUAGUUUCUCAACUUCUCAGAUAUCUGCUCCUCCUUCUCCCCGGACUGACCAAGUCAGUCUUGUAGUACCAGAAUGGGUGAAAUUCUACUUUGUAUAGAAAGACAAUAUUUUAUCUAAUACAUGUGCGUACAUGAAGUAUUUUAUUUAACACGUGUGCUUUCGUAAUGUAUUUUAUUUAACACGAGUGCUUGCAUAAAAUAUUUGAUUUAACACAAGUAUCUAAAUAAAAUAAUCCACAACUUUCAACAAUAUUAAUAGAGCAAACCGUAGCAUAAGAAUUGUUCCACUGUAUUCAUUUUCAGUAGUAGUAAAUACAUAUAUUUAAAAUACCACAUUGUUAAAAACCGUAAAUGGUAUUUUAAAUAUUUCUCCUUGCCAGAGUUUCACCCAUUCCGGACGAAAAUCAGCUGCUCGAUGCUGACUGCGAAAAAAGAAAUCAAAAGUUCAAAGAAAUGACUCAGAGCAAUGAACGAACGAAACGUAAACUCGUGCCAAACGAUUCGGGUGCCGAAACUCGACCGUAGAAUUAAGCGAAGUGUCAGCUCUCGUAUGAUUAAUUAUUAAUAUGAAUGUUAUUCGUGUACCUACGCGACGUAGAAUUUGUUGUUAAGCCAAACGAAACGAGUAUAUUCCGCCGCCGGGAUAUCGUGUCAAUCAUGUUCUAUUCGGAAAGCUAUACGUCCACAAUUUUUGUACGACAGUUGUAAACAUUUCAUUCGACUAACUAGAGGCUAUGAUAACGACGAAAAACAAUAAGAACAAUGUACCACCGCUGUUAUUAAACAAACAAAAGAACGGUAUAGUCUCCGUAUAUAAUCGUAUUUAUUAAAGAAACAAAUUAUAUAUAUAAAUAUAUACACGUAUAUACUGUAAACUGUUUCAACUCGUAGACGAGAAUUUUUUCAGAACGGAAAAAUUCUGAGGUUUUAUAUAUUUAAAAGGAAAACGGGGAACGAAGCGGGAAAGCCGGUUUUCGAAGCUCUGAGUUGCGCGCUCAACUAGCCGUAGCGAUUAGGUUGUGGAAAUGAAUUAAAUGCCCUUAAUUAAUUUCAUGGAAUUCUGAUUAAAUCGAGUUAUUAUCAAAUUUAAUAACGGGCAUUCAGUUCAUUUCUAUGUGCCGUAUUUAUUUAUUUAAUCGGUACUUAAGCGCGUUACGUAAUUAGUCAACCCUCUAAGGCCCGGUCGACAUUGUUUCACAGAAUGUUGUUCAAUCGCGCUUGUUGUUAUUGCCAGAAACUGGUCGCAUGGAAUCGUCACUCUGUACAGUGUAAUUAAGGGAUCAUUGAACGCAUUGGCGACUGUACCAUGAAAUGUCCAAUGAUUCUUUAAGAGCACUGCACCUACCGACCACCAGCAGGUUUAAACGCUGCUAAUGGCAAUUUAUUUUUUUAGUGGUGGGCCCUGGCGGGUUGAUUACGUCGUCCAGGCCGGCCGGCUCGAUUUUUGUUGUAUUUUGCAUGCCGCCGACCGGCCGGUUAUGGUCGAAUAUUUUUAUAAUGGGACCGUAGCGCGGUCUCACCGGUUAUUCCGUAAGUUAGGGCGAUUCGCGUACGCGGGUACUUUCAGAUAGACGCUUUACAACACAUGAAUACUAAUUACCAGCGAUUCGCAGUGCCGUGCAUUGUGUCGGGCGUUUUUCUGUAACACUAGAGCUCUGUUGCUAAGUUUAGGAACAGUGCAAUUCUCAUUUCGAUUCCAGAAAUAGUAAACAUAGAAUUGUAUCUUGCAAAUAAUUGAUUUAGCAAUUAUCGGGCUGCGGAAUUUUAUGCACUCUAGUAAUUAUACAUAUACAUAUUAGUAAAUAUUAAUGCAUUCGUGUGUUAUUAUCGUAUUUGUUGUUUCUGAAAGUGAACUAUCUAAAUGUUUUUUGAAUGCAGAGUCACUGCUGUGUAUGAACGUGCAUAAGGUCUCGCAGUCCGGCGACUGAUUUCAUUAUUUAUUUAUUUAUUUAUUUUGAAAUGAAGAGAAUUUUCAGGUUGAUA